GUCAAAAAUUAUAUACGUCAAAUUUGUGUGUGUAAAAUCUUGACCUGAAAUUUCUGAUCCUUGUGUUGUAUAUUUUCAAAAUAACAAAUGUUUUUAAAACCAUAUAAAUUAAAGAGCAAUGCUCCACUAAAGGGUUCCGAUUCGAAGCGCCUCCGGCUUCGUAUCCAGCAAUCGUUUCCCGAUGUGACUGCUGAACAAAUUCAACAGCUCAUUCCAAACAAAUCGGCCGUCGCUAUGUUAAAGAUAACUACACACUCCGACUUCCAUACGUCUGUUUAUUGUGUGGACAAACGACCCAUGUUCUUCGAGGCAGAAGGUGGGAUAUUGGUUCCUACUUUGUACACUAUGUGGAUUAUUCCAGAUCUGCUGCCAUAUUUCAAGACACACGCCGGCGUCCUGCCUAAGCUCUCCAAUGGAGCUGAUCUCAUGCUGCCGGGUGUUAUCCACCAAGGAGUUGGCAUGAAUAUGUAUGGUCGAUAUAAAAAAGGACAACUGAUUGCCAUUAACCUGACAACGAACGACUCGGCAGUUGGAGUUGGAGUACUGACGCGAUCCAGUGACGAUCUGUACAUGUGUGGCGGACAUGGUUCGGCAGUUAAGAUGUUACACAUAUUCGGAGACAAGCUCUGGGGACACGAACCUUCUCUGGUGUCACAAAUUCCUGAUAAAGCUCCUGCAAAGUUAACUGAUGAUGACUUCCCUACACUGGGAUCUAAUCCCGUAGACAAAACUAAGUUGAGCAAAGAAGUUCCCAUACCCACGAAUGAUCCAGUCAUUGCUGCCGAAGAAAAUAAAAACCAGACACAUGAUACAGAUUCAGAGCUCAUUGAGAGUAAUUUAUCCGAUGGUUUGGAUAAUCUCGAAAUCCAACCAGAAACACCAGAUGCAGUUACAAUCGCCGACAACAUUCUCAAGAAUGCUUUUCUAACAGCUCUUAAGCAUCACGGAAAAGAAAUAACACUACCUCUCCUCACGAGUAACUUCUAUCGCCUCCAUGUUGUCCCAGAAGCCAAAACUCAAAUCGAUCUGAAGAAAACUAAGUACAAAAAACUUUCCAACUUCCUUAACCAGAUGGUCGAUGAGGGUUUUAUUGUGGUUCGCGAAGAAACUAAGGGAAUUGAUAAGAUAAUAUCAAUCGAUUAUGACCAUCCAGAACUGGUGAACUUUAUUGCAGAUGCUAAGUUGCCAGGUGAGGACAAGGAAAAUGGUCAACAGCCGCUCUAUCAUUCUGAAAUGACUGAGUUGUACCUGGUAACGGAUGCAGUGGUUACAUUCUUCACCAAACUUAACUACAAGCGAGGCGAGGGUAUAUCCAGUGUUCAAGUGAAGAGAGUUUUGCGGGAAUACGUGAGUAAAAAUAACCUCCCUGUAGUUGAUCCCGUCAAGAAAUCAAUCAAACUGGACGAAUGUCUGCAACAAAUUUGUGGUCGAAUGGAUGCCCCAUUAGACACGGUGUACAAUAUUUUAAUCAGCAAAAUGAAGCAUACCUAUGAAAUGCGAAGCACAAAAGACGUUCCCAAGAAUAAGCCGCUAAUCCAAAUGUCCUUAGCUACCCGCUCGGGAAAUAAGAAGGUUACUCUUGUGAGUAAUAUCGAAUGUUAUGGCAUUAUUUUGCCAGAGUUCAUUAAGUUGUGCAAGCAAGGAGCUGCAGCAUCAACGACCAUAGUCAAAGUACCCAAUCAAAAUCGCGAAAUGCUGCAAGUUCAGGGUAAUCAAGUUCGUUUCAUUUUCAAUCUCCUAACGGAAACCUAUAAGAUUCCGCCGAAAAAUAUUCUAGGAUUAGAUUUGGCGAAGCCAAUUAAAAAGAAGAAGUAAAACAAUAUGAGAUGAAAAGUGGUUUUAAUUUAAAUGUUAAAGAUUACAAAUGCGCUUACAUAAAUAUAGAACGGGAAUUUCAAGAUUAUUUAUAUGAAUUUUUAUUUAAAAUCACAAAAGUGUACAAUAUUAAUUUUAUCAAAAAUUAAAUACUUUUGUUCUCAA